AUGGCUGCUGAAAUCGAGGCUUUAGAAGACAAUCACACCAGUACUUUGACUAAAUUGCCUCUUGGAAAAGUUGUCACUAGUAAUAAAUGGGUUUACAAGAUUAAGUUCAAAUCUGAUGGUACUGUUGAAAGGGCUAAAAUACAACUUGUGGCCAAAGGUUUUACACAGCAAGCAGGCUUGGAUUACACAGAGACUUUUAGCCCUAUUGCUAAGUUGGUCAGUGUCAAAUGCAUCUUAUCCAUUGCUGCUAUCAAAGGUUGGCACCUUCAUCAGUUAGAUGUCAAUAAUGCCUUCCUUCAUGAAGACCUUGAUGAGGAAGUUAUACGCGUGGGCCUCCUAGAUUUGCUAGCAAGGGGGAGAACAUUGUAUGCAAGAUCAACAAGUCACUUUAUGGGCUUAAGCAAGCAUCACGACAAUGAUGAUGUGAUUCUAGCAGGGAAUGAUUUACAGGAAUUUAAGAGUCUGACACAUUUCCUACAUGAGAGGUUUAAAAUUAAAGAUCUAGGAGAAUUGAAGUACUUCUUGGGGAUAGAGGUAGCAAGGUCCAAACAAGGCAUUUCCAUCUGUCAACGAAAAUAUGCAUUGGAUAUUCUCAAAGACUCAAGUUAUAUAGGCUCUAAGGCAGUCAAAUUUCCUAUGGAGCAAAACUUGAAAUUGACUACAGAAGAAGGGGAUUUACUUGAAGAUCCCACUGCCUAUAGAAGGUUAAUUGGGAGAAUGUUGUAUCUAACUAUUACAAGGCCUAACAUAUCCUAUGCAGUUCAGGUUCUAACUCAGUUCAUGGAUAAGCCAACGACACCUCACUUGAUUGCAGCAUAUCGGGUGCUAAAGUACAUCAAAGCAAUUCCUGGUCAAGGAUUGUUCUUUUCAGCUUCAUCAGACAUACAUUUGAAGGCCUUUUGUGAUUCAGAUCGGGCAGAAUGCGUAGAGACUAGGAGAUCAGUCACAAACUACUGUGUUUUCCUAGAAAACUCUUUAAUCUCAUGGAAAUCCAAGAAACAGAAGACAGUCUCUCGACCAUCUACAGAAUCAGAAUAUAGAUCUAUGGCUGCUACUGUCUGUGAAGUAACUUGGCUGAUUUUACUACUUAAGGAUUUAAAGAUUGAGCAUACAAGGCUAGUUUUGAUUUUUUGUGACAUUCAAGCAGCACUACAUAUAGUUGCUAAUCUGAUAUUCCAUGAGAGAAGAAAACAUAUAGAGAUAGAUUGCCAUAUAGUUUGA